AUUUCCAACUAUUAUCGUCGGAGGAUUCUGGUCUAGCACCUUAAAAAACAGAUUAUUUAUUUUUUACAUAUUCUUAUAAUAUAAUAUCUCAAGAAUAUGUUCUUAUAGCGAUAUUUCGAAAUUCAAAAUAUUGACAAAGUUAUAAACAGUUUAAUAUAAACAACUAGCCGAUCAUUUAAAGCGCUCAAAUAUAGAGAUCGAAGCGCGCGGGAAUCUCUUUGUAUUCGGAAGUCUCCGGAUGCUCAAAUAAAAUAAAUAAACAAAAUAAACGAGAUUUCCUAUAUAUACAAUAUAGAAUUCAAUGAAAUAUAUACAAUGACUUUAAUAUGCGUAUAUCUUCGUAAAGUAAGAAUUAUAACUUCUAACGGUUGUUCGAACUUAAUUCUUCCUCGAAUUUUGGCUCGAACAGAUGUAUGGAGAAAAAGCAUUUAAGAGAAAGUCCGAUCCGGCAAGACAGAAGUAAAGAAAAGAAAUUUUACGGCAAUCAGUUCAUAUCAGAAAAUAAAACAUCAUUUACAAGUAUAGCAGCUAAAAAAUUGGAAGCGAGCGGUGAUGAAAAAAUACAAUUAAAUCCUAGUCACGGAUAUCGCUUUUUUUUCUGUAUUUUCGACUCUCUCUCAACUUGUGAUUUGCAAAGAGUGUAAAUUUUAUGAAUCUCGUACACGUGGCUUGAAAUUUAAAACCCGAGUGACCUGUGCGUAUGGAAUGCAAUUUUCGUGGCUGCUUAUCGACAAAACAUAAGAAAUAAACCGAAGUACUGUUUUUGUGACAAAUUUACUAAUUAGCGUAUAAGGUUCAAAUAUAUUUUCUAAUAGCGAUAGAGGUCGAGCGCGUGAUUGGUGUAGUAGAUAGCGCAUUGGUCUGCGACACUAGAGGUCCCGGGUCCGAUUCCCCGCAAAACCGGAAAAAUUUAUGUAUGCUCGUGUUUUCUCUGGACGGUUUGGCAAGCCAUCAGAGUAUAUCUGCUCAAAGAACCUCUUGCAAAAAAUACCUUUUGAAGUCAGCGUUAAACUGUAGGUCCCAUAUGCCUGUAUAUAAUCAUCAUGCGCUUUACAAGCAUAUAAGUCAGAGGAAACAACAAGCCUGAUAUUAUAAUUUAUUUUAAGAUAAUUUAUUACAUUUCAAAGUUCUUAUGUUGAAAUUCAGUAUUCUCUCUUAAUACUUCAAUACGUGUGAAUUUUACUCGCUAUCUAUCGCAAAACUGCAGAUGUCACUCUGGAUAUUAUAUUAGAUUAUGAUAUGGGUUAGAUCAGGCGUUUUUAUCGUGCGCAGUUUGUAUUAUCUCGCAUUACGAAAGUAUGCCGUCAAGGAGACAUGUCCAGUGCGAAAAAUAGGGAGUAUGCACGAGCGAGCCCUUGGUCCCGGCUAAGGAGGGCGAAAGAAGGUGAAAAAGAAUGAGGAAGGUUAUUCGGAGCCGUAGCAGAGUCCGGUGGAUUCGAGAUAGCCGGAUAGCGUGCCUGCCGGACUGGUCCGGAAGUCGCGUGUCGACGGCAACCCCUAACAGCCCCACCGCGACUCUCGUCCUACCUCCGUCUUCGUUACCACCACCUACACACACAAUUUCCUUACCUUACCUCACCUGCAAACGACGACGACCAGCACGGCCUACCGCGAGAUUGGCUUGUGUGCGCCGAGGGCAAUCCGUGCAAAUCGAAUGGUAAGGGAGUGUUGGUGUAACGUUACCCUAACGAACCAUGAGAACGAGUCAGCGAUUGGUCGAUCCUGCCGAGCGGGCGAGCGAGGCCCGAGGAAAAGCAACCCUCUCUUCAUUCUCGGCUACGUACCGUCCUCAGAAUCGCCAGGAUAACCGUGCCGUGAACACCACUCUGAUACCGUCAACGUUCUCGCUCGAACUCUACCCGAGAACAAAUAGAGACUAAACAACAAGACGAUCGAUCGAAUCUCGUAUCUGAGCGUAUUACAUCUCUCUAAGCGUAUCGCAUCUAUCGAAAUAAACGCCGAAUAAUAUUUUCGGAGUACUUGCUACUACUCGCGUUCACUGGCGAUACUUUUCACUCGGGGUCAUCUCGGCGACGAGGCAGAGCUGCCUCUCUAUCGUUCGUCUAACAAAACUCUCUGAAAUCGCGUUACGUGAUAAACCUCGGAAACCGUCUUCCAUCCUCGGCGAGUGUAACGUGUACACAUUGGCCCAAGAGUGUCCACCGGGUGGCCGUAAUCUCUUCGUGCGGCACGAGCGUCAACGACGCGCACGAUCUUCGACGAGAGUGAGUCGCUCGAGCGAACCAUGCUCGCGUUCUGCGCGGUGGGAUCGUACGGUGUAACAUGAGCAGCAACAGCAAGAAACCACCGGGAGGCAAGGACGACAAGAAGAGUCCCUCCAGCAAGGAAGAGAGCCCGUCGGGCGGCAAGGACGAUGGUGGUUCGGCAACGGGAAGUAAUGGCGGCGCGGCCGGAGGAGAACCUUCGCAGCCAGGAAGCAAGCCCAGCUCCGCCGGUGCGACCGCCAGAGAAGGGGCCCAGAGACUCCUGGGCCUGGCUGCUCGCGGAGAAUGGGCACCCGUGGACCAGCUGCUCAAAUCUCUGGAGAAGACGGUGCAGAGCGCGGGGGAGGAUAGCUUCAUCGCGCCUCUCGCCGGCGUUCUGGAUCCGACGACGGGAAUGACGCCGUUGAUGUACGCGGUGAAAGACAACCGCAGCGCGCUGCUCGAUCGGAUGAUCGAGCUUGGAGUCGACGUUACUGCCAGGAACAACGAUAAUUACAAUGCACUCCACAUCGCCGCCAUGUACUCGAGGGAGGACGUCGUCAAAUUGCUACUGUCCAAGAGGGGCGUCGAUCCAUACGCCACCGGCGGGCCAAGGCAGCAAACAGCGGUUCAUCUGGUGGCGUCAAGACAAACGGGCACCGCCACGUCGAUUUUGCGAGCCCUAUUGGGUGCUGCUGGACGAGAUAUCAGACUGAAGGUCGACGGCAAAGGGAAGAUACCCCUUUUGCUAGCGGUGGAGGCUGGCAAUCAAUCGAUGUGCCGGGAACUUUUGGCGCAGCAAGCACCUGAUCAGCUUCGGGCCACCACACCUGCAGGUGAUUCCGCUCUACACUUGGCUGCGAGAAGGCGAGAUAUCGACAUGGUGCGGAUACUGGUGGAUUACGGCGCGUCCGUCGACAUGCAAAACGGCGACGGACAGACCGCGUUACACAUAGCGAGCGCCGAGGGUGACGAGACUCUGGUAAAAUAUUUCUACGGUGUCCGCGCGUCCGCUUCGAUCACCGAUCAUCAAGAUCGGACGCCUAUGCACUUGGCUGCUGAGAACGGUCAUGCAUCUAUAAUCGAGUUGUUGGCUGAUAAGUUCAAGGCGAGCAUUUUCGAGAGAACAAAGGACGGUUCUACUCUAAUGCACAUAGCGUCGCUCAACGGUCACUCGGAAUGCGCUACUAUGCUUUUUAAGAAAGGCGUGUAUCUACACAUGCCGAACAAACGCGGCGCCCGGUCGAUUCACACGGCCGCGAAAUACGGUCACGUGGGUAUCAUCAGUACCUUGCUGCAACGAGGCGAGAAGGUGGACGUGGUGACCAAUGACAACUACACGGCGCUCCAUAUAGCUGUGGAAAGCGCUAAACCGGCCGUCGUGGAGACACUUUUGGGAUACGGCGCGGAGGUACACGUGAGGGGUGGGAAACUUCGGGAAACUCCGCUUCACAUAGCCGCCAGGGUGCCGGACGGUGACAGAUGCGCCUUGAUGUUAUUGAAGUCUGGGGCCGAUCCGAAUUUGACAACCGACGACGGUCAGACGCCCGUUCAUGUGGCGGCCAGUCACGGGAACCUGGCGACCCUACUUUUACUUCUUGACGACGGCGGCGAUCCGAUGGCCAAAUCAAAAAACGGAGAGACGCCCUUGCAUUUAGCCUGCAGGGGUUGCAGAGCGGACGUGGUCCGGCAGUUGAUCGAAUUCGUGAAGCAGACGAAGGGCGCCGAAGUGGCGACUUUCUACGUGAACAGCGUAACCAACGAAGGAGCCAGUGCUCUGCAUUACGCCGCCCAAAUCGAACCGUCGGAAGUCGUUAUUCCCGGUGACGAUCGUGCGAUAGUCCGUGCACUUCUCGACAGCGGUGCGGACGUCUCGUUGCAAACAAAGCAGGCUCAGGAAUCGGCGUUUCAUCAUUGCGCCCUUGCGGGUAACAACGAGGUCCUGCAGGAGAUGAUCAGCCGCAUGUCGGCCACGGAAGUACAAAAAGCUUUGAACCGGCAGAACGCCGUCGGUUGGACGCCGUUGCUGAUCGCCGCUCAUCGAGGCCACAUGGAGCUGGUGACCACACUGUUAGCCAAUCACGGCAGGGUCGAUGUGUUCGAUCUCGAGGGUAGAUCCGCCCUUCAUCUGGCCGCCGAGCACGGCUACCUUCAGGUGUGCGACGCGCUCUUGGCGAACAAGGCCUUCAUAAACUCCAAGUCGCGCGUAGGCAGGACCGCCUUGCAUCUGGCCGCCAUGAACGGUUACACGCAUCUGGUGAGGUUCCUCGUGCAAGACCACGGCGCCGCGAUAGACGUGCUCACUCUGAGGAAGCAGACGCCUCUUCACUUGGCGGCGGGGGCGGGGCAGUUGGAGGUCUGCAAGCUUCUGCUGGAACUCGGCGCCAGCAUAGACGCCACCGACGACCAGGGGCAAAAGCCGAUCCACGCCGCGGCGAUGAACAACUACGCCGAGGUGGCGCAACUUUUUCUGCAGAGGCACGCCAGCCUGGUGAUGGCCUGCACCAAGGACGGCAACACCUGCGCCCACAUCGCCGCCAUGCAGGGUAGCGUCCGUGUAAUCGAGGAACUGAUGAAGUUCGACAGACAGGGCGUGAUCUCCGCCAGGAACAAACUGACGGAGGCCACUCCGCUGCAGCUGGCGGCGGAGGGUGGCCACGCUGAAGUGGUGAAAGCUCUGGUGCGGGCCGGGGCGUCCUGCGCCGACGAAAAUCGCGCGGGCUUCACAGCAGUUCAUCUGGCGGCUCAACAUGGCCACGGCCAGGUGUUGGAAGUGAUGAGGUCGUCGCAAUCCCUGAGAAUCUCUAGCAAAAAGCUCGGCGUCACCGCGCUACACGUGGCUGCUUACUUCGGGCAAGCCGAUACGGUCAGAGAAUUGCUAAUAUAUAUACCUGGGACCGUGAAAUCCGAUCCACCGACUGGAGGAGCUCUGGUUGCGGAAUUAGGAAGCGAAUCCGGGAUGACACCUCUUCAUCUGGCCGCCUAUUCCGGAAACGAGAACGUCGUGCGUUUACUAUUGAACUCUGCGGGUGUCCAGGCAGACGCGGCGACCACCGAAAACGGAUUCAAUCCUUUGCACUUGGCCUGCUUCGGCGGUCACAUCACCGUCGUCGGUCUGCUGUUGAGCAGAUCGGCGGAGCUGCUGCACAGCGCAGACCGUUACGGCAAGACCGGGCUGCACAUCGCAGCGACCCACGGUCACUACCAGAUGGUGGAGGUUCUCUUGGGUCAAGGGGCUGAGAUAAACGCGACCGACAAGAACGGCUGGACGCCGCUUCAUUGCGCUGCGCGUGCCGGUCACCUGGACGUCGUGAAACUGCUCGUCGAGAGCGGAGCAUCCCCGAAGAGCGAGACGAAUCUCGGUUGCGCGCCGAUCUGGUUCGCCGCGUCCGAAGGUCACAACGACGUGCUGAAGUAUCUCAUGGAGAAGGAGCACGACACAUACGCCCUAAUGGAAGACAGGAGGUUCGUCUACAAUAUGAUGGUCUGCAGCAAAAGUCACAACAACAAGCCGAUAGAGGAGUUCGUCCUGGUAUCGCCCGCGCCGGUCGACACGGCUGCCAAGCUGUCCAACAUUUACAUGAAGCUCUCCGAAAAGGAGAAGGAACGCGCCAAGGAUUUGAUCGCGGCCGGGAAGCAGUGCGAGGCCAUGGCGACCGAAUUGCUGGCGUUAGCGGCGGGCGCCGAUUCAGCCGGCAGGAUCUUGACGUCGAUGGACCGCAGGAACGUUGAGUUCCUGGACGUGUUGAUCGAGAACGAGCAGAAGGAGGUGAUCGCGCACACGGUGGUGCAGCGUUACCUCCAAGAGCUCUGGCAAGGCAGCCUGAAUUGGAACGCGUUCAGGACGAUCCUGCUGUUCAUCGCCUUCCUCGUGUGCCCGCCCGUCUGGCUCGUGUUCGCCCUACCGUUCGGCCACAAGUACAACAACGUACCGAUCAUUAAGUUCAUGUCAUACCUCACGUCGCAUAUUUACCUGAUGGUCUUCCUACUGUUGGUCGGCAUCACACCCAUCUAUCCGGUGGUGAGAGCCAGUCUGAUACCGUAUUGGUACGAGUGGUGCCUGCUGGUGAUGCUGUCGGGGUUGUUACUGUUCGAGCUGACGAAUCCCAGCGACAAAAGCGGCCUGGGCUGGAUCAAGCUGGCGGUGCUGCUCUUCGGCAUAUUCGGCGUGGCGUUCCACCUACUGGGCUUCGUGUACGUGACCAGAGAGUCUUGGCCGACUCUGCUCUACCUGAGGAAUCAGCUUUUCGCUCUGAGCUUCCUUUUAGCAUGCGUGCAAAUACUGGACUUCCUGUCGUUUCAUCAUCUCUUCGGACCUUGGGCCAUCAUCAUUGGUAAUCUCAUGAAGGACCUCGCGAGAUUCCUCGCGGUCUUGGCCAUCUUCGUCUUCGGCUUCUCCAUGCACUUUGUCGCGCUCAAUCAGGCGUUCAAGAAUCAAACGCCACAAGAGGCGCGCGCCGAUGACAGGAAGAAAAAGCCUCCGUUCUACGACGUAAAGAUGAAUCCGGUGCUCGCCUUCGAAUAUCUGUUCUUCGCCGUCUUCGGCCAAACCACCCACGGCGAGCUGAAGGUCGAGGUCAAUCAGCCGCAGUGGACCGCGGUCCUCUUCAAGUUGACCUUCGGCGUGUACAUGUUGGUCUCGGUAGUGGUGUUGAUUAAUCUGCUGAUCGCCAUGAUGAGCGACACUUAUCAACGGAUACAGGCGCAGUCGGACAUUGAGUGGAAAUACGGGCUCAGUAAACUGAUCCGUAACAUGCACAGAACCACCACAGCUCCGUCCCCGCUAAACUUGCUCACCACCUGGACCGUAUACUUCAUCAAGCUGUGCAAGCAGCGCGCCGCUAGACGCAAGCGACCCUCGUUGGUGCACAUGAUGGGGCUGCAGCGCGCCGGCCGUUUGUCGCCCAGAUCGAAGAUGGGCGCCAAGUGGUUGGCCAAGGUUAAGAAGGGUCAGGUCCACAGCGUGGCCUUGUCGGUCGUCCACCUGAGCCCCCUCGGCAGUCAGUUGUCCUUCAGCAACACCGUCAGGAUCGACAACGUCAUCGACUGGGAGGUCGUCAGGCGCAAGUACAGAGACCUCUACGGCGAGCAGGAAGUGGAGAAGCCAGCCGGAGAGAAGGAAUCGACGGAGAUGAAUCCAUUGGCGGCCUUGGAGGGAUCGUCGAGCGUCACCGAGAAGUCGGGACUGCCCGGGGCCUGAAGGAAGGAAAACGGAAAUCGCCAAAGAUCACUCGCCGACCAGCGUACUAUAGUUCUCACGGAAGAGAGGUCGCGAAAGCCGCCCUCGUUUUCCUCUUCUCCAAGAUGCUCUUCAUCCAAGAUGCGCUCGAGAUCGCGCGAUUAAUUUUUGUACAUAUGCGUGCGCGAGGACGC